AUGUUGCGAGCACCACAGGAAGCCCAUAAUAAAAAUCCAAAGGAGGAAGUAGUCAGCGGACAUCUUCACAAAACAAAAAUAACCAAGAUGGCGGCCUUCAAGGACUCUUUCUUUCCCCACACCGAUUGGCCGGCCACAGUGUUUUCUGUAGAUUGCACUGGAAGUCAUGCUGUAUUAGGAGCUCGUAAAGGYUUGGCCUUCAUUAAUUUAGAGAAUCCUUCUGUCAUYGCCAAGAAGGUGACCAGAAACAGCAAGUGGGAAUGUGGCACUACUGAAUGGAAUCCACACAUUUCUCAUAARCAUACACUWGUCUCUGUGUCUAACCAAAAAGCAGAAAUUUGGAGRUGGAGAGAUGGUAGYGGUACACAACAGCAGAUUCUCAGAGCYCACACAAGAGCAAUAAGUGAUGUGAAUUGGUCAUGGUAUGACCCUCAGCUUCUUUCUACUUGCUCUGUGGACCAGUUUGUGUAUAUUUGGGAUUUAAGGGAUGGCAAGAAGCCUGCCACCUCUUUACAGACAGUUGUUGGUGCCUCUCAAGUGAAAUGGAACAGAGAAGACAGACAUGUUCUUGCUACAAGCCAUGAUGGAGACAUCAGAGUAUGGGACCUUAGAAAAGGUAACGCCCCUGUAGUCUACAUAACAGCUCAUCUAUCCAAGGUGCACGGCAUUGACUGGUCAUAUAACAGUAGUAUGGCACUUGCAACAUGCAGUAAUGACUCGACUGUCAAGUUAUGGAACACACAGAAUCCWCAACAGCCAGAAGCAAAGUUGAAUGCAAGUUACCCAGUCUGGAGAGCACGAUACACACCGUUUGGUCAUGGGCUGGUGACAGUUGUUGUUCCUCAGCUUAGACGUGGUGAACACUCUCUGUGUCUGUGGAACACUGCUAACAUGACUUCCACAGUACCACCCCCUGUGCACACAUUUGAUGGUCAUACUGAUGUAGUGCUGGACUUCCAUUGGAGGUCACAGAGUGUGGAUGGAGAAGACCAGUUCCAGCUUAUCUCUUGGUCAAAAGACAACUGUCUCAGAAUGUGGUCACUGGAGCCUCGAAUAAUUUCAGCAUGUAGUGAAAAUCCUCAAAGUGACCACACAGAAAUGAGCUCUUCUGUUGAAGUGUUAUCCACUGGAAGCCCAAGCUAUGGAUCAUUUGAGAUAAUGAGCGAGAAACGAUCAUCCAUACCACAAACAAUUCAGCAAGAAUUUGCAUUGAUAAAUGUUAACAUUCCUAACGUUACUGUAGAACAGAUGGAUGCUAGUCAGCGGUGUUGUACAGUAUCCGUGACAAGUGGUCCACAUGUCACGCUGUCAAUUCAUUUUCCCGCCAUGUAUCCAAAUAACGCAAUCCCUUCRUUCGAGUUCACACCGGAUACAGCGUUGUCACURAGCACGAAAACUAAACUUAUCAAGACUUUACGCGAGACAGCUCAGAGUCACGUCAAACUAAAUCAAACAUGUCUAGAGCCAUGUUUACGACAGCUUGUCAGCCAUGUUGAAGGAUUGACUCUUUUAAGAUUAGAGAUGAUCUUCCCAGAGAAUAAUUCAAUCUGUAGAGGUAUUGUGAGAACAUCAAUUCAAGAYUUUGCUUUCAAAUUCAAAGGAAGCUCCAUCGACAUCUACUUCAGCAGAUUUUUACUGCUCUAUAUAGUAUUUCACUUUAUUCCUUUGAAAUUGCUGCUUCCAAAGUCAUUUAGAAGCAAAGAACCAUGGAUGAUCUACUCGCAGCACGGUUUCCAUUCAGAAAUCUCAUCACACAGUGAAGACUGUCUUGUCUUUGACCCUGACAAAAUACAUGACAGCAGUUCCAGUCUCUCGACCUUCUUGGCGCGCUACGAAAAGGAAGGCUGGACACCUCCCGCACCUAAACUAAAGAAGACAGCUUGGACGUGGACAUCGGAUGAGGAGAAAGAAUCAAACAGACUGGCUUUGUCAAUCCCUGAUAUUGGUUACAUCACCAAAUCAAAGACCUGUUGUUCUUCAUCUGAAACUGAGUCCGAGCAACAAGUUCCACGACCGCGACGUGUCAGGAAACGAAAAACAAACAAAGAAGUUGAAAAGAAGGAAGAGAAACUUCUCAUGGUUUCUGUGGGAUGUAUGACUGACAAGAUAAAGUCACCACUCCACAACAUUGAGAAAAGAAAUGAGAUUGAUGUCAACAAAGCGAGUGAUCGAAAAAGAGCUAAUUCGCAUGUUAAUAAAGCAUCUUCUUCCUUACGAAGCUUAAAAAAGGGUAGCUUCAAGGAAAGACUCUCCUUUGAUUUGGCUAACAUCUCCUUUAAAGAAAAGAAGAAGGAGAAGAAGCUAGAUGAAAGUGGUAUUACUGGUACUAAGGCAGUCAAGUAUGGGCUUGUUGCUAUGGGCGUCGGCCUUGGAGGAUACCUCAUAUACAAAGCCUGCACAAGAAAUUAA